AUGGCCAGUCCUAACCUCAAGUACACAUCCAAGUUGCAGAACAGCCGUGUGCUGAUCAUUGGAGGUACUUCGGGGCUCGGAUUCGCAGUCGCAGAAGCAGUUUUAGAACAUGGUGCCGACGUCAUUAUUUCCAGCUCGAAUCCAGCCAAGUUGGAGAAGACAGUAGACCGUCUGAAGGAAGCCUACCCCUCUCAGGCAGAGAAACAAAGUCUCACCACUCACGCAUGCGACCUGUCCGAUGUCUCCAAUCUCGACGUGAACAUUGAGAAGCUCCUCAAAGCCGCCACAGAUAAUGGAGUCACGAAACUAAACCACAUCGUGUUCACUGCGGGCGAUGCCCUAGUGCGCCCAGCCAUGCAGGACAUCACACCCGAUCUGAUCAAUAAGGCCAGCACGGUGCGAUACGUGGCACCUAUGAUUCUAGCGAAACAUAUCUCUAAUUUCAUUGAGAUCUCCCCCGCCAGUUCUUAUACUUUGACGGGUGGAGCCUCAUCGCACAGGCCACGUUCGGGUUGGCCGCUUGGCGCCGGGCUUGCCGCUGGAGCAGAAGGGCUUAUGCGUGGUCUGGCGGUGGAGUUGAAGCCCGUGCGAGUGAACCUGGUCCAAGCCGCAGCAGUUCAUACCGAGCUGUUUGCAAAUUUCCCAGCGGAAAAGUUGGAUGACAUUCUUGAAUCUUUCGCCAAUGGCGGUCUGACUGGGACAGUUGGUACCCCAGAGGAUGUGGCGGAGGCUUACAUAUAUCUCAUGAAAUGCCACUAUGCGACUGGUAGUAUUGUGGAGGCAAAUGGCGGGUAUUAUUUAGGAAGGACAUAG